UGACACCUGGUUUACUGAUGGAAGCAGCUAUGUCGUCAGUGGAAGAAGGCACGCUGGGUAUGCAGUUACCACAAGCAGAGAGGUAAUAGAGUCUGGGCCAUUACCAACUAAUACAUCUGCACAGAAGGCUGAAAUAAUUGCCUUAAUCCGAGCCCUAGAGCUGGCAAAAGGAAAAGAGAUCAACAUCUACACGGACUCAAGGUAUGCAUUCGGAGUGGUUCAUGCUCACGGAGCCAUCUGGAAGGAAAGAGGACUGCUGAAUUCACAAGGCAAGAGUAUUAAACACGCACAAGAGAUACUGAGGCUAUUAGAUGCCAUACAACUACCUGAGAGAGUAGCCAUAAUGCACAUAAAGGCACACCAAAAAGUGAGCUCUGAAUUGGAAGAAGGGAAUAUGCUGGCGGACAGAGAGGCAAAAGAAGCAGCAAAAGGUGAGGUACCCGAUAAGGCUGUUGAGGCAGCAUUGAUUCCAGAUGGAAAAGUUUCUAUUGAAGGUAAGCCAGUGUACAAUAAGAAAGAUAAGAAACUUAUCAAGGUAGAAAAGGCAAGUUAUAAUCAGGAGGGAUGGGCUGUAACAGAAGAAGGGAAACUUGUAGUACCCUCCUAUUUGUUGUGGUCAUUAGUACAGAGGGAACAUGAGAAAACACACUGGGGAAUAGAUGCCCUGUAUAACCAUUUGAAAGAAAGAAUCAUGGCCAGGAAAUUGCAGGGCACAGUGAUACAAGUAACUCGUCAGUGUAGUCUUUGCCUCCGAACUAACCCUAAAAAUACCCCAAAGCCUAAAGUGGGACAAAUUGGGAAAGGUUGUGGACCUGGGCAACAAUGGCAAAUUGAUUUUACAGAACUGCCCAGGAAGGGAGGGUAUCGUUACCUAUUGGUGUUAACUGAUACCUUUUCAGGAUGGCCAGAAGCCUUUCCUGCCAGGACAGCUAAGGCCCGAGAGGUGACCAAAGCGCUGUUGCAAGAAAUAAUACCACGAUUUGGAGUUCCAGCCACCAUAUCCUCAGAUAGGGGACCACACUUUAUUUCGAAAAUUGUGCAGCAAAUAAGUCACCACCUGGGAAUAGACUGGGAAUUGCACACCCCAUACCACCCUCAAUCUAGCGGCCAGGUGGAAAAGAUGAACCAUUUGAUUAAACAACAAAUUGUAAGACUGGGGCAAGAAGCAAAUUUGUCCUGGCCUCAGGCUCUCCCAUUGGCCUUGUUGCGAAUUCGGACAAAACCAAGAGCAAAAGAGAAACUAAGCCCUUUUGAAAUAUUGUAUGGAAGGCCAUAUGCAGUUCAAGAGGGAACAGCAUCCAUUCAAGUAGGGGAAGAAACCCUACAUGGAUAUAUGGUGGCCCUAAAUAAACAACUUAGAGAAAUUGAGAAGUAUGUGGCUGGAACUCAAAACAGAGAACUAGAUGGGCCAGUACAUGAUGUACAACCUGGGGAUUAUGUGUAUGUUAAGUCUUUUGCAGAAAAAACCUUAGAACCACAGUGGGAAGGACCAUUCCAGGUGCUCCUCACUACCUUCACUGCAAUCAAGAUCCAAGAACAGAAGGCCUGGAUCCAUCACUCCCGAGUGAAGAAAGCCCCAGAAGGAAUUUGGAAAGCCACACCAGGCGAUAACGAACUGAAGCUGAAGCUCACUCGGAACAACGAAUAAAUGGACUAAGAGUUAUUUUGGACAUU